AUGGACGACGACCGCGAGACCGUGCGUCUGUGGCGAGUCAACAAGACGAUCCACGAGCUCGUCCGUGAUCGUGGCUACCUCGUCUCUGACGACGAGAUCAACGUUGAUCUCGAGACUUUCAAAGCGGAAUAUGCGCCCACCGGUGGCUCUGUCGACCGCACCAAGCUCAACUUCUUCACCGAGCACAGCGAGCACGAGAACCAACGUCUCUUCGUCUUCUACUCGAUGGAGCGCAACGUUGGCGUCAAGACGAUGCGUCAAUUCAUCAGCAUCAUGGAAGAACGUGAUAUUCAGAGAGGCAUCAUCAUCUGGCCCGAAAAAAUGACCAGUGCAGCACGCAAAGUCAUCGAUGCCAUGAGAGGUACUUUCCAUCUGGAGGACUUCGAAGAGGCCUUUUUGCUGGUUAAUAUCACGCACCAUCAUUUGGUGCCUAAGCACGAACCGUUGUAUCCACAGGAGAAGAAGGAUUUGCUCCAGAGGUACAGGUUGAAGGAAACGCAGUUGCCGAGGAUCCAACAGGCAGAUCCGGUGGCGAGGUACUUCGGUCUGCAAAGAGGUCAGGUGGUCAAGAUUAUCCGACCCAGCGAGACUAGUGGCCGAUACUGCUCGUAUAGGAUCUGCAUGUGA